UUUUCCAAGAAUUUCAAAUCUCCGACCCACAUAAAAAAAAUAUAUUCAAAAAUAUAUGUUAAUUAUAUCAGUCAGAUAUAUCUGACCGGUUCCAUCGAAGAUAUAUUCAAAAAAUAAUUGAAAUAUAUUUAGGAUACACUUGUCGUAAAUGAGACUAUAUCUCAGUUAUAAUUUUUGGAUUCCAUCUGGGAACAGAUGCGGAUGAGAAAAACCUCUGGAGCAAUCGAAAUCCAUAGAUUUCCAUUUCCGUCGAAAAUCCCGGCGAUCUCGUGGGAGUAGGAUCCACAAACCUCACUCUACCGAUGCUGGAAGCCCUUCCCUUCAUUCCCCAUUCCAAUCUUCUCUCCUACCAUUAACUACAAGUGGAGGACUUGUACCUCUACCCAACAUCACCUUCUCCAACUGUCAGAAAACACUGGUGGAACAGUCGUGAACGAGCGCCUGCCAGCGCUGCAGCGAAAAAAAAAAGGUACAUGACGUAAAGUGCCAGUUUGUUUUCACUUUUCAUUAUCUCCGGAGUGAUUAUUCCCGUGACAAAGCCGCGGUGUCGACAAGUUCAAAGUACAUCCAAGAGGAGAAGAGAAGUCAGAAGAGAAGUAGGAGUCCCAGGAAAAGGAUCAGGUGUAUUGACACCCGGGUCACGGCCGAGACGGAUGGAUGGAGCCAAGUGCUGGUAAUAGUUGAAUGGCAUUUAGCAGGGGCUAGUAUGGAGGUGAUUUCGACUCGGAGAUACGAGGCGCGCCCGGCCGUCAGUACAAUUCACUCUGGACUUCUGUACGAUCCGAAUAGCAAAGUGGCGACAGUCAAGGAGGAGGAAUGGGAGACGAGAAAGAAGAAGGAGAUUACCACCACGAGGCAGAUAGAGACCAGAGUCAAGAGGCAGGUUGUUCUGGAGGAUGGAGAGGUCGUCAAGGACUCGGGACCACUCGUCACCACCAACACCACUGAGGAUGUCGAACAGCAAGAGCACACCACCCAGGAGAGAAAAACAAAUGGGGAUGAGCCGAAUGAGGUCGAGUGGACGAGUCCGAGUGCUGGUCCAGUUGUCCAGAAGGAAUUGAACGAGACUAUAGUGAGAAGUCGUGAAGAGACUGAAGAACUACUGGAGACCGAGGAUCGACGCCAAUUUGGCGAUAUAACGGAUGAGGCGUAUCAACAAGCAGUGAGGAAUAAUCGGGGUGACCUGAGACAAGCACUCGCCGAGUCCUCGAGGCAAGUGGCAGUGAGCACUGGUCCCCGGAUUGUCCAGCACAAGACCAAGUCGAACAAAGUCAUUGACACGGAGAAAAUACUGGAGCGGAAGGAAUUCAAGGCGGAUGGGGCAAUCGUGACGGAAACGAAAAAGAGUGUCGAGCACGAAGAGAUCGGGGACGACGAGGUACCGGAGGGUGAGGAAAAACAGACAGGUGAGACGAGGAAGGAGAGCUCACAGAGAUUUAUCAAGCAGAGGGAGGAAGACGUCGUGGAUUACGUCGCUGGUGGUGAGAGGAUUGCCAGGGAGAUGAGAUUCGUCGCUGAAAAGACCGAGGGGGAGAGAACUGGUGAUUGGCCACCAUCACCCGAUAGGAUGAGAACUGUCAGAUUACCUAAACCAGGUGAGACAACGCCAAUGGAUCGUAAGGAUGCCCUGACGAAAAAGCCUCUGGACCCUGAAGAGGAGGAUGAGGCCCGCAAAUUUGAGACCUCCAAGUGGCUGGAGAAUCACUUCGGGAGUGAAUCAAGAUCCUCUCAGGGCUCCAUAGAGCCUGAUGGCCCUCCCAUUCAAACAGCCACUAACACGAGUUUCAUAAAUGUUACCAUGAAGUCUUGUACUCCGCGUGAUCGUGAGUACAAGAGUAAUUCGAGUCAAGUGAGAACCUCGAGCAGAGCCAAUGGCAGAGAAUCUACAUCGCCCUCCGGCUACUUUCACGGCAUCACCGAGUGGUCCGAGAGGUAUCAGGGAUCAGGGGAAAAACCGAGUCAUAACUCGAACGUUUCUACUGCCUCGCCGAAGCAUUAUAUGAGCGAGGGCACGAUGAGUGUUAACAGACCUGAGACGGUUACGUAUACAAGAAAUUAUGAGACUUCCACCAGGAGACAUCAUGAGACUCGUGGACGAUCUAGUCCACCGUCACCACCAACUCGUAGAAGAACGCGUGAGCGAGUCAGUGAAAAGGUGUCACAUCGUGAGGAAAAUUACCAGAACUCACGUGGUGGCUCUUCCCCAAGCCCAGUGAACGUAAUAACCAGGACCUGGCAGAAUCGCACUCAGGAUUGGUCGGAACCUGGAGACCGUGGGUCCCCCCGUCGCCACCCCACACCCCCAAAAUCUCGUUCGCAAUCGCCAGUGGUAAAAAUAGCCUCAUACCGCGAUAAAAAAGAGAACAUAAGGCCAGUGAGUAGAUCAGAGUCCCCUCGAGGCUCAAAAUCAAGAAUAGGCGAGUCCUUCAGAAAACUUGUGGGAAAAUUGCGCUCGGUCUCGUCAGAACGUAAAAACAAGAAAAACAGUGACUCAAAGUCCCAGUUAACCCAGACAGACGACAGUUCCACUUACCUCCAGUACAACGUCAUCGACAGGAACAUCCCAGAGGUAGGGAUCGACCAGGUGGACAGAGGUGAUGAUAAGCCCCCGGAGAGGCCCCCCAGAUCCCCCAGGGUCAGCCCGACAACGAUAAAAGUCACGAGAUCGAAUAACGAUCACAAAUACUACGUCACAGACGAGUCGUACGCCCCUCGAAGCUACGAGGCCCUCCAGGACUCUCAUCAUCACUCUUCCAGGGUCUCCAGACACCACGAGAAGCUCCAGAAGUCCUCGAGGAUCUCUGAUGACUCCAGGGAAGAGCAGGUAUCGUCCAGCACUCUGGGACGACUCAGCAAAUCCACAAGCAGACUGACCAAUGAUCAGGACGAAGAGUACCACCGAGGGAUCCAGACAUUGCCUCGCAAACUCCAGUCCUCCAGCCCCCUGGGGAAGACUUCUGUGACCAGGAGAUCCUCUAAGCAGGUGUCAGUGGGACCUAGGGCUGGUCAGGCUCGCAAUUAUGGGAGUAUGAUCAAUAUAUCUAUCAAGAAUGUCAAAUCUUCCCAGGGCUCGACCCACAGAAGCUUCAGUCCUACUCAGGGCAGUCCAGGGUAUCCUAUUCCUCCUGUUAAACCUGAGAGGACUUACAAGUCCUCUUUACUCCGGAGCAAGAGCUUCAAUGUCGAGGCCACCAAUGGCAAUGGCUAUCCUGAGAGGACUGGAUACAAGUCCAAUUCUCAGCUCAACAGUUUAGAUGAAACACAACCUUUGAAGAGCCCUGGCAUCCUCGCCAGCAUCAGUCGGAGCAACAGGGAUUUGUUCAAGCAUGAGUAUUAUUGAGGGAUCCACGAGCAAAUUCGGAGAGGUAUCAUUUUUACCAUAUUUUUUAAAAUUUCAUUUCAAUUCUAAUGAAUUAUAAUACGAGGAAUUUUUAUUUUUAAAUGUGUCCUUU